UACAAUAUUAUGUCGGUUUAAAUUCUUUAUUAGAACUAGCAUGGUAGUAUAAAUUGCAGUAUUCGAAGAGCAGUCACUGUAAGAAGUAUCCAUAAGAUAACCAAUUAUUUUGGAGAAAGCAUUUUAUUAAAAUGAGACUCAAUAUCAUGAAGUUUUCUUUUACAAUCAUCAUUUUCAUCUCUUGGUCCAUGCUAUCAACAGCCAAUGACGUUCAAAUCUCUUUGGAAUUUCCUAACUAUAUGAAUGAGUUCGGACAUCUGUGCAAAAAUGAAAUGAUUUCAUUUAAUUUUACUAACGCAAAGAUAAUGUCUAUUAGUCGGAAUUUUAUCAGUAGUCCCUGGAUUACUUGUCUCAAUUUCACAAACACUCAUCUCGAGAUCAUCGAAAAGGGCGCCUUCAACAAUCUUCCUAAUUUGACUCAAUUAAUUCUUUCCAACAACAAUCUCAACGUGAAGAAACUCUUCGACUUUGGAGGUCACGAAAAUUUAAAACUUCUUAUUCUGAAUAGUGCAACUACCUUUCAGAAAGGAACUACAGUUAAUAUUUUUGAAGAAUAUCCUAAUUUAGAAAUCUUGUCCAUGCCUAGAAAUUAUAUCCAUCGCUUGCAAACUUCUACAGACAAAACUCCAUUUCCAAAAUUGAAGAUCCUAGAUCUUUCCGGUAACAAUAAUAUAAAUAACAAUUUUCUAGAAUUGUUGCCAAAUAAUUUACGUUUUCUUGAUCUCCACGAUAACUCACUCACUUCUUUGGCUUUCGCUAAAAGACAAGUGAAUUUAUUGGCACUAAAUUUGAAUAAUAAUAAUUUGGUUUAUGUAAAGAAAGACAAUGAUUCGCGUGAACAUUUGUAUAAUUUAUAUAAUCGACGUUAUAGAUAUAACAUGUAUGAGCAAUCUAGUCAGAGUAUUAUUAAUUCACGUGGUCUAAUAAUGACUGGACUGGAAAAUCUACAAUAUCUUUCAAUUUCCGCAAAUCAAAUUAAUGAUAUUGAAUCGAACGCUUUCGAAGACACUAACAAGUUAGUCUAUUUAAACUUAUCCAAAAAUGAAAUAACUUCCUUGCAUUCGGACAUAUUUGAAAAAUUGCAAUCUUUGAGAUUGCUCGAUUUAAGUUCUAAUAAGCUCAAGAUUGUUCCACAGAUCUCAAACGAAACAGUAAUCAGUAUUUUCUCUCUUAAUUAUAACAAUAUUAAGAAUGUAAUGUCCAACGCUUUUGUGCAAAUGCCGAAAUUGACGAAACUCUUAUUGAGAGGGAAUCAGAUUGACGAGAUUAAUGUUAAAGCAUUCGCUCAACUUUCGCUUUUAAAAAUAUUAGAUCUGUCGAAGAACAAAUUGAGUCUUCUACCGGAGGGAUUCAGUGAGUCUUUAACAUCUUUAAAAUAUUUAAAUGUGGAAGGUAAUCAGUUCACUUCGUUAGAAUCUUUAUCUCUGACAAGUGUGUUAUCAUCAAUGGAGGUAUAUGUGGCGAUGAAUCCAAUUAAAUAUUUAAAUGUUGACUACUUAAAGAGUUUGCCGCAGAAUCUUACCGUGAAUUUGGUGCAAGAAUCAAGUUUUGCAUUGGAAUUUCGAUAGAUGCAAACCAAAAUACUUACACUUAUUACAAUGCAAGAUAGAUCAUUUUUUUGUAAAUUCAAUAUUUUUACGAAAAGCUUUUUUAUGAAAAAAACUUACACAAAUCCGGCGUCUUUAUAAAAAGAUGAAAUCUUUUUUUCUAAAGAGAUUGAAGAAUCUGCGACAGAUAUAUAAAAAUCUUUCUAUAUUUAAGAUAAGAGAAUUGCAAUGAUAGAUGAUUUUUCGUAUUUUAGCGAAAAUUGAAUAUACUUUAGCAUUAAUUAGUUCUUAUAAUAGCUCUAUUAUAAUUAUUAAUAAUUAUUUAUAUUUAUAAUUAUUAGUACUACUUCAUCAUGUUAUGUGUUUCUUUUUAUUACAGAUAAGUAUGUUAUAGAAUAAUAAAUAAAAUAAUAUACAAUAAUAUAUAUAAACAAACAAAAAAUAAUUUAUUAAAAAAAUAAAAUAAUAAAGAAAAAAUUUAUUAAAA